GCUCCAGGUCAGUCUGAGUUUGAACGUUGACUGGAUCGGUAUUAGUACGGUGUCUGUUUCAGUCCUGAAGUUUUCUACGCAGCAGAGUGACUCCUUCCUUUGCUUUUGAGCUGAGCUGGUACAGUAAUCGUAACAACAACUUUGUAAACAAGCUGCGGGUUCACUUGUGUCCGUAUACCUUCUCUGCUCAAGUAACACGCCGACGAGACGCCGUACACCAACGCAGGACCAAGCUUAUAAAAGUGUGGGGCUAUUUUGAGGCCGGUUCCGACCCAGCCCGUGCUCAUUUGCCAGUCAUUCGUCGAGAGUUGAAGUCGGUGUCCUAAAUCCUUGCGCUCCAGGUUCUUUUUUCGGAAUCAGAAGAAAUUGCCCCAAAUUGACCUUUUGUUUGUGCCAAUUUAAUUGAGCAGUGAUAAGUGGAGUGAUUGAUAGUGAUAUUUUUAAAUAUUUUUGCGUGUUGCUGAGGAGACCGAAUCGUCGUGUGAACUCGUUAUCAGUGCCUUGAAGAAAGACUCGCUGAAUCGCCAUAUUCUCCAGGAAUAAUAAUAAAAAAGCCCAGCCACAAUGGACAAUCUCCGCAAUCUGUUUGGCCAGGUUUCCACGCUGACCUCGUCGAAAACCACCGGAACGGGGCUAAAUGGUGGCAGUCCGAACGGAGGGGCCGGUACUAGUGCCACCGGAGGAAUGAUGAACCCGGGCGAGAGGCAGCGGUCCAUCAGUGGGGACUUUUCCGGCAUGGGGACGCACCAGAAUCGCACGAUGAAGCAGUUCAAAACGGCCGACCGGGAUAGCUACUACUACAUCAUGUGGCGUUCUUAAUCUUCCCCGGAGACCAAACCGGUGAGUCGUCGGAACGAGCACUGGUUGCCUCCGCGACGACAACCUGAAGAGACAAAACGCCGUCGUGCCUUGAAACUCCAAACUUCUUCACUCUCCCUCAUAGCUGCUGCUGUACAAAUAGGAAUAGAAACCUUCAUCAUGAUGAUGCUCUCGCUGAUUGGCGCUACCUCGCUCUGGUUCGUCAUGGUUUGGGCCGCGCUGAUUCUGUUCUUCAGCCCGGUGCUGUUCGUGGUCAGCGUGUGCCUGCCAGAGUUGCCACUGUUGCUGAUCCGACGACUGCACUACAUCCCGUUCGAUUCGGUUUAGCAAUGCGGCCAGACAAAGGGGAGGAAGGUGGGGUUCAGGGUUCCCCAUACUCUCUUCAACCUGACACAACACAAAUCUAGUGAAUUCAUCCCAUUUCCCUACCCAAGAAUUUGGUGCACAUGAGAUGAGAAUAGUCUUGACAAAACUGGAAAAUGCCAAAAUCUCGUCCGCCCUUUUCUCUUUUUUUGUAAAUAGUCCCUCGGGCGUGACACGAGAACACUGGAGACUGCUGUAUUUAUUGUAACGAGUAUUGUGAUAAAGUUAAAUUAUUGUCCCUCUUUCAAUAAUCUCUUACUUUUGUUUGCUUAAGUUUUUUUUGGGUACAACGAUUUCUGGAGGAAGACUUUCCCAACCCCAAACUCACCUCCCCUUUGUCGUGCCGUGAAAAAAACCAAAUCCGAAAUUAGUUCUGUAAAACAAAGCAUCACACAUUCACUAAAGCAACAUAAUUCGAUUUUAGUUUGUUUUUAAAGCUUGUGUACGGGUACCAAUCAAAGCAUUUAUGUCCUGGAAAAUGGUUAGAAACAAAUUGAAGACUAAUAAUCAACAACACUGUAAAAAUGAGUUCAAAAUUUGUUCACAUCACCUUUUCUGUGGUUAGUUAAGCAUCACAGCUGCACUGUACACCUUCGGGCUAGCGUUUUUAGCAUGUAAGAACUGUGUGAAUAGCCGUUUAGUGCCUUCGGAUUGUAAGAAAAGUGGAAAGACGCGGUUAGUGCUAUAUUUUUUUCUACUCUCUGUGCUAGAAUGUAAGACAAUCAAAGACAAUAAAUAUUGUACAAGAAUAUACACUUGAAAAACAAA